AAAAUCAAGUGUUUGUUUUACGGUGCCUAAGUAUAUAGAGUUGUACAUGCAGGAAGUAUCUGCUUUUAGCUGGGUCCACUCUGCGGCAAUGGAAUGUCACCUUCCUCGUAUGCAACCGGAAUUACCCAUAUCGUCUCGGUUCAGAUAAUAGUUGAUCGAAAAAAAAACGCGUCACAACAAAACAUGUUUGCCCCACUUCGGAAAUAUGUCAAGAAAACAAGAUAAAGAAAACCUUUGCUGACCUUGACCUUUUGUAAAUUGACCAUAGCCAUGAACUACCAGAAAGCUUAUAUGAACCAAAUCUUCUCCAGCUCCUUAAUGGGGCAGGUGGCUGAAAUGUGGAGGAGCCAACUCCUGUGUGAUGCCAUCAUUAAAACAGGGAGUAAAGACACCAAGGCCCAUAGAUUAGUGUUGGUUGCUGCUUGUCCCAUGUUACAAACAAUGGAGAAUGCUGCUAUUGGUUCCCAUCUGGAAGUCAGACUAUCAGCAGACAUCAAACAGGAGUCAGUCCAAACUUUUCUGAAAUAUUUGUACGAAGGUUUUAUGAUGCUGACAGGAGACAAUUACAAAGAUAUAGAAAAAAUAGCAAAAAUUCUACAGGUAGAAAGUGUUGUACGCUGCUGUGCCGAUUUUAGCAAGUGCCUUGGUGAAAAAACAGGUUUACCCUGUGAGAAAAGGUUUAGAAUAAAAGAGAGUCCAGAAUCUGUUUAUGUUCGGUCAUCAGAUCUUUUAAAAGUACAGGAAACUGUGAAACGGCAUUCAGAAGGCGAAACAGUGUCACCUGAGGGAGAAAGUAAACGACAGAAGAUGAACAGACCAACACCUCCACCUCCUCUGCUCCUACCGAUGCAAAACAUAGCAAGCAACGAGAGGCUGUCUCAUGCAAUGGAUAUGGCCAGGAAUUUGGAGACAGACAGGUCAUUAGGAGUAAUGGAGGCUCAAUAUUCUCCUCAGGCUAUUCAAACCCCCAGGUCAUCUACAAGUGAAGUAGAAAUCAUGAAGGAUAGUAUUGAAAUUGUGCAUCGUGAACCUCCCGAUCCUAAUAAUAUCAACCAAUCAGAGCCUCCCAUACAACAGACAAUGGCUCUUUCAGUGGCCAGUAGAAUUUCAAGUGAUCAUGAUACACAAGUUGUUAAUAUGACAAAUAUUCUACCUCAUUCCAGGGCAUCCUCCUCACAAAAUUUUCAUAAUGUAGGCUCACCGCAUUCCUCCUCACGUAAACAAGAGGCAGCUCAUUCCAUGGACUCUGCACCCAGGACCCCAGAAACUCACAAAACUCACGAUCGACGACACCUUCUGACAGGGGAGACACAUUCCAGAUAUCAUCAUCAUCAUCGACAGAAUUCCCAUGAGAUGCCUCAUAGAAAACAGGAUUCCUACCCAUCUAAUCUACCCUCCAGCGAGAUACUAGGGACGAGUUUACAUGACCUGAGCUCCAAGUCGGUAUCCUCACCAUCGUUAUCCUCCCCUCAGCCUUCAUCCUCAUACAGACCACCGAUUCCCCAUCGACAGCCCACUGCAGCCCAAAUGCAAAAAUCUUUCAUGCAACCCAUUUUCAGGCCGGGUCUUUUUGAUGGGCGACCAUUUGCAGGCAUUCCAAUUCCUUUACGUCAAAUGACGGGAGGGAUGCUGCCCACUUCUCUAGGCCCUCCUCUUCAUAUGUCAUACCAUACAGAGGACCCCAGCAAGGACCUUGGUAGUACCUCAUCUGUACCCAGUUCUCCUUGUACCUCAAGUGCCCCUGAUCUUUCUGUAAUUAAAAGUGAAGAACCACAGGAAAAUGAGGAACUACAUAUAGACAUUCCAGAGGAGAGCACAUCAGGAACCACAACUCCUUAUAAUAAUACUGAAGAAGAGCCCCCUGGUGAUGACAGCAGUAAUGCAGGGAGUGAAGGGGGAUCACUCUGGCAAGACAACUCUGUCAAAGAUGAUGAUGAGUCAGUGGGCGUAGUUGACCUCUGUGGAGUGGACUCGAGCGAGUUAGCUUGUCGUUACUGUAAUGUCCAAUUCCCAGACCAUUCCGCCAUCAUGGCACAUUUCUCUUCUGUCAAAAAUCAUGAAUUCUGUAAAAUCUGUCCCCAGUGCUACAAAGGAUUCAAAUCUAGCAAAGGUUACCGAAACCACCAGAAAAUGCAGCACACUGACGCUGCCGACUGCCCGUCUUGUGACAUUUGUGGAAAACGAUUUCCUGCUCUUACCCAUGCUGUUCACGAUGUGUAUCAUCUCUGGGAGUUCAUUCGGGACCUUUUACACGACCCUAAGUACUGCCCUCGGCUAAUUCGCUGGGAGAAUGCUGAUGAUGGAGUGUUCCGAGUCGUCGACUCAGCAGAGGUAGCGAGUCUCUGGGGCAAAACGAAGAAAUCGACCAAAAUGACUUAUGAAUAUAUGAGUCGUUCACUUAGGUACUGUAGGACUUUGGGCUAUUUCGCUGAUCUGCCAAAAAAUGCAGGCUAUCCCAAGAAACUGUGCUUCAAAUUCGGCCCGAAAGCCCAUGGAUGGCACCCCAAGACAGAGCAUAAGGAACAGGAAGUUGAGCCACCAGCACCACCUAGCUGGAUCACCAUGAAAACUUCCCAAAAGGAUGAUGAACCAAUGAACCUUGUCACGCGUAAAGCUAGUGAUCAGAGUGAGUCUAUGAGCAGAUCUACGUCUGGUGAGAAUAUAUAUUCCCACACAGUAAGUGAACAUUCCAGGAUUGUGGGGGAACAUUUUGCUGCUGCAGCAGCCUCUAUAGAACAGAGAAUGAAAGAACAGCAAAAGUCUUCAGACGAUUCAGAUCCCAUUUGAUUUUUGAACAUGUCUUGGAAUUUGACGUCAUCUCUUGACCACCUGACCAUUGAUGACGUAAACUUUACUUUGGUCAAGAGGUUCUGGUGGAACAUAGCCUUUUGUUUACUAUGUCUAAUUUUUGGGAUUAUCGGGAAUUCGAUAGUGAUCCUUGUGUACCAUACCAAGUUAAAGUCCCAGAUAGAAGAACGGUUCUUUAUUCCUAUAUUGGCCUUCCUUGAUCUCUUAGCAUGCGUGAUGGUGUCCAGUGUAAUGCUAGCUAAAUCUUUUUAUCCUGUUAAGUUUCAGGACCAUUAUGCAUGCAGCACCUUGACAUAUUUUGGAUUUUCUACGUCUUCGAUGGCUUUAUUUAUGCUAGCCAUCAUAGCGUAUCAUAGAUUCCAGAAGAUCGUUCGACCUUUUGGAUACCAAAUGAGUCUCCGAGUUAAACAAUACACCAUUCUCAUUGUUGGAACCAUAUCAUACAUACUAUUCACGCCUGUUUUCUACGUUUAUGGGAUUAAAGAAAUCCAAAACCCAGAGACAAAUAUUACCUAUUUCACAUGCUCUGCGCCAUCCAAGGGGACGUCAAAACAAGCUAUGUUUGUCUUUCAAGGUAUUCUGAUUUGUAUUUAUUUAAUAUCAAUAAUUUCUAUGGCUAUCAUGUAUUUCUAUGUGGCUAAGACUUUGCGGGUGAGAAUAAAAGCCUCUAGAAAGCGGAAAGAAAUCCAUAGUUCCCAAACACUCAACAGCACCGUGAUAGUUCGAAUGGACGGAUGUGCGAAAACAAAUGGCGGCGAAGCCAUGUCAAAGGAACAACAGGUACAGCAGCUGAUAAAGGCGCCAAACAUCACGGACACGUACGACACUUUACAACUCCGGCGGAAGAGCUGUCAUAAACGGAAGGGACACUUCUCUCUCUACAGGUACUCCUAUAUCUUUAUGAUCAUUACCAUCAAAGCCAUUCUGUCGUACGUGAUCCCGUGGAUUCUAGUCAUUGUGAAAAGUAACGAUAAAUCUCCAUGGACGGAGCUGAAUCAGCGUCUACUGAUACUGCGCUAUCUGUAUAUACUCAGUCACAUCACUAACCCGGUUAUAUACGGAUUAAUGGAUAAAACAUUCCGUAAACAACUUAAAAUGGCUAUCUGUGAAAACCGUUCUCAACAGUAUAUAAUGAAUGGUAGUGGAAGCAACUGAAAGUAAUGGCAAGACAUUUGAAAAAGUUAAGGUUUGCUUUGGAGACUGGUACAGUUUUACAGCCUCUCGGUAGUGUUAUAUUUUAGUGGUAGUGAUGAUACAGUGGGGGGCAAUGGCCAGAGGAGGAAGCCAUUAAUUAGUCAUGAUCAUCUUCAACUAAAAAUAUCACUUGACUCAGAUCAUGACGAGACAAAGAGAGGAGAGAGAGAGAGAAAAAAUAGAUAUACUUUUUAACUUAUCCCCCCAAUUGUAAUAAAAUAUGGAGAUAUAUGUAACAAAAUUUCUAUUCUACAUGGCUCCCUUUUUGAGAACUAGAUCAUUUCACUCAUUAAGAUUUUAUUGUUUUUUUUAUUAUACUCAUUAUAUACACAUGGUACCAUAAUUACUAACAGAACAAUCCAUUAUCGUCUUCAAGUAAUGACAAAUUUGAGUAACAUUAGUAGAUUUGAAGUAUUAUCGGAUAUAACUGCAUAAAGCACUUGUUCUGACCGAUGGCUUUCCUUUGUUUUUUUUUUUUUGUUUUUUUUGUUUUUUAUGACAACAUUUACACAAGAUGUAAUAAGAUAUCAAUUAUUUUUACCAAAGCGUGUUUGUAUGGAAUGAGAUCUUAGAAUCUCGACUUCGACAAAAAGGUUUCUGUAGAUAAACCAAAAUUAAAUUGGACCAGUAUCCGUUUUUGUCAGUGACUAGUAUUUUGUGAUGAUAAGGAUUUGACAAAGUUAACUCCGGAUAUAUCUCUUUUUUUGACUUGUUUAAUACCCUACAUUUAACAAAUCAGGUUUGCAUCUGACUGACGUAAUUUUGCACUUCCUGAAGAGGUUAGACACUAUGGAUCUCUGUAAUCACCACCACAAUUAGUGAAAUUUACUUGGCCUGCACUUAAAAAUGCGAAAUAUAUGAAAUGCGUUGACCCAAAUGUGUUGCAAUGUAAACGUCUUACAUUGAAAUAAAAUUGUAUGCAUUCAUUUUUUAAAAAGAAUUGAAUAAAGAUACUUUAUUAAGAA